CUCGGAUUGAAAUUAAUGUUUUGUCUUGUGGCAUUAUGAACGGAAAGAUGUGUCGCAAAUAGUGUCAUUUUCAAAAUUAAUUUGCUAAACCGUAUGUUCCUCUUAUAGGGUCUAUAGAUCGGCGAGGACCGUAAUUUUAAAAUUUUUGCUGUAGCAGAUUUUUUGCAGUCGUUUUAGAUUUUAUUACAGUAGAAUUUUAUGGAAAGCAUUAAAAAAUUACUUUGGAUAUUUGGCUCUGCAGAGCACUUGUACAGCUCUAAGUUAUUUCAAGAGUUGUGGUUUCAAAAAAAAAUUUAAAACUUAAUUGCUCUGAAUUUGGUGUUUUAGAAAUAAAUAAAACUAUAGACAGCACAUACAGCAACUACCAAUCACCCCGUAGAUUUGAAUAAAUGAUACAAAUGGUUUUAUCUGAUUUUGGGACGCUAAGCUCAAGUCAAAGACAUGGUUGGUUUGCGAUAUAUUGUGUGUUUGAUUUUUGAUGGUAUACUAGUUGGAAGUACUUUUGACGUCGGUCGAUAUACUAGUUGGAAGUACUUUUGACUCGUCAUUUUUCUUCUAAAACGAACUUGAGUUUUUUUUAAAAAAUGAAAUAUGAAUUCAACAACAAUACAACUAGUGUGUAAUGCAGAAAGAAAGAAUAAAACAAUACAACUAGUGGUUGUCGCCGCUCUACUCUGAGGAGCCAAAGUUCCAAAAGCAGCAGUAGCCAAUAAGUAAAGCCUCAAUGGACACAAGUAUCGCUAUGUCGGAUCACACCAACUACAUUCCAAAAAAAAUGUUUAUAAUGUUAUCCAAAACUCAAUAAAAAGUUAUGGAAUAAAUAAAUUAUGGAAUAAAUAAAAGUUUAUAUGAACGCUUCUGCCAUAACACUGCAGCUUCAGAAGAAGUCAAAGAUAAAUUAGGGUUUCUUCUGCUGAUUCUAGUUGCUUUUACCAAUUUACAGUUCUCCCUUGGCAGCCUAAAAAUCUCAGAACCCACAAGGAAUGUCUUAUGAUCAGUACUUCUAAGCCGCAACUGUAUGUUAUAUUUCAUAAAGAAAUCUGUUUGUUCACUUAGCUUGGUCUAUAUUCGUUAGUCCUCAAACCCAGAGCUUUGCAAACUCUCGAUAAUACUUAGAACCACAAGCCCAAGCCCAUCGGAGCUGAGUCCAAAGUUAACUAACAAGAGUUUGUCUCUUUCUUCAAUGAAUGAACGUUCAGAGAGCUGAAUAAGUUUAGGGUUUCGUAUCUUAUCGAUUCUCCCUACAACCACCUAUCUUAACGCAUAAACAAUAAGGAAAAAGUGAUAUGGACCUCACAGAGAAAGCAACCGCACGAUGAGUGACUCUGCACUUAGAGACUCUUACAUACAUGAACGAUAGAGCCUCUCUGAUCAUGCUAGAUAAACAAGACAUCUAUUCACAUUCAUCAAAGCCUGAGUCGACAUGAUGCUCAUGUAAAAUGAAAAAAGUAAAACGAAACUCUCUCUUAACUCUUAAAAUGGAAGAACUCAUGCAUAUAUAUAUAUAUUUUUAUAUUAUUAUUAGCGAUGUUUAUGCAUUGAUGUGCACGAGUGAUUCUAUACCUUAUUGGCUUUGUUAAAAGAAAAUCCAGUAAGGCUUGUCUCCUUGGAGAUGAUGAUACCAGCACCAUUCAUGCAUAUAUUCACUCUCAAAACCUCAUGUCCAACCAAUAAAUAUUAGCACAUUACACUUCAUGACACAACUACUAGAGCUUUAAAAAUACUUGAAAGAGAUCAAACUCUGUAGUGUAGGAGGCAGACAAGAUUUUCACCAACCUUCAAAAAGAUUAAGAUAAGCUGGUGCACAUGAAUGUAUACGCAAGUGGUGCUGAUACCAUAUGCCUCAAAGGAGACAAAACCUGCUGUCUUACCAUUACAAUCUAUUUAUAAAAUAGUUUCAUGUGAUCAAAUCAGAAUCAAGAUUUGAACUACCUAAAGAUUCCUCAUGUCUCUCUUCCUUAUUGUUAUAUAUAUAUAUGUAUUGACAAUAGAGCCAAUGGAAAAACAUAACAAACACAAAAGCAUUUUCUACAUCUCAAAACAAAAAAAAAAUGACUGUUUCUUUUCAUGCUCGUUCUAACAGCGUCCCCUCUUUACAACACCCACAAGCUGCUUAUGUCGAUGAGCAGUUGACCAGAUUAAGAUCUUCUGAGGCAGUCUCUUCAUCUUCCAGCUCUUCCAUCUACCAAAGACUAAGCAACCUUCAAGAUUUAUAUGAUUCUCUUGAGAAAAUGAUUCGCCUAUCUAUCACCAACCAGGCUUUAUCUCAAGAUCAGAUCGAGAAGCUUAUUGAUGGAUCCCUCAUGAUCUUGGAUUUGUGCAACGCCGCCAAGGACGCUUUGUCGCAGAUGAAAGAAGGUCUCAAAGAGAUUCAAUCUAUUCUACGGAGAAAGCGUGGAGAUCUAUCAGCGGAGGUCAAGAAAUACUUAGCCACAAGAAAGUCUCUCAAAAAGUCAUUCCAAAAAGUGCUCAAGAACUUGAAAGUGGGACAGAACAAAGAGACCACGGGUAGAUCAUUGGUUGUGUUUGGACAAACAGAAGGUGUAACAGUUGCUUUGUUUGAAUCUCUGUUUAGUUUCAUGUCCGGAUCAAAGGCCUGUGGAAAAUGGUCAUUGGUUUCGAAGAUUAUGAGCCAGAACAAAGCUACAUGUGAAGCUGAAGCAAAUGAAUUCACAAGAGUGGAUUAUGUGUUUCAAUCUGAGAAGUUAUUGAAGAUGGAAGAUGUGCAGAUGCUAGAGUCGUGCAUUCAAGAUCUUGAAGAUGGAAUUGAGUCACUCUCAAAGUCAAUGAUCAAAUACAGAGUCUCACUUCUUAACAUCGUAUAGGUCGUUGCGCCUGUAAAGUUUUGUACGGAAAUGGAAAUGUUAAUAUACAUGUAAAUGAGAAUAGAAACAAACAAUAUUUUGGUCAUAUAACCUUUGAUACUGUCUAUCUAUACUGUUCGUAUUUUUUUGCCUAAAUCUUUACUCAUUAAGGAACCUUCAAGAAACAAGUCAACGAACAAGUAAAAAAAUCUUUGGAAAGGAUGCCGUCUGAUGAGUAAAACCCAUUGAUCACUAAGCGUGAUCAGACCAUAGGACUUGUUAGUUGUAAUUUUCACCGCAGGAAACUGGACAUACUUGAAUUUUCUUCUGGUUGUAUCGUCUAUUUUCUAAAGUGUUACUAAUUAAGAUAUUAUGCAAUUCUUUUUCUACUAAUAAAAUCCACAGAUAUUGUUACUCUGUUUUGAUUCAUUAGCUUUAAACCCUAGUGUAAAUAUUUUCUGACG